AUGAGCGAUAGCGAGUGUGACAGACUUAUCAAAUUAAUUGACAGUAAUUUGGUUAAGGAAUUAUCUAAGGAUUCUACAGGUGCCUUUUUGAUUUCAAAAUUGCUACAAAUAGAAAAUCACAAGAGGGUAAUGAGAAUGGUUGAAGAAAAUUUAAGUGAGCUCAUUGUCCAUCCAAUUGGCAACUACAUUGUGCAAGAGUGCUUUAAAAAAAUGGAAGAUGGUGAACACUUGUUUAUAAUUGAAAAAUUUAAAGAUGAUUUCAAACAUAUUGCUCUCUCCCAACAUGGGUCAAUAGUAAUUAAGAAGUUCAUGAGUGUUGCAUCAGAUAAGGUUCUGGAUAUCUUUUUCACUCAAGUGGUUCUUCCUGAUUUUAAAAUAUUUGCAUCGAAUCCUCUAACGGAAAUAUUCUUACAAAAUGUCAAACUUAAAAUCAAACCAAUCAUGGAAGGAACAUCUAGUAGCUUUGUAGUGCCAGCUCUUUUCGACCACUGUAACAAGCAAGGAAAGAAGGAGCUGAUCACAGCAUUGAAGCCACACAUUUUGGAGAUGUCAUACAAUAGAAAUUCCUCUCGAGUUUUACAACACAUUUUAAAUACAUGUGAUAGAGGUGAAUUGGACUCUAUGAUAUUGCUACUUUUAUCUAACUUUGAUAAUGUAAUUACUCAUGAAAGUUCUGCACCAAUAUUCCAAAUGAUUGUAGAGAGAGGGUUUGGCGAAUCAGUGUUUUUGAGAAUGAAAGGGAAUAUGUUAAGUUAUGCCUCUCACCCACUUGGGUCCUAUGUUGUUUCUCAGUGUAUUAAGAAUUGCAAGAAGAGUGUAACAGAUCAAAUAUUGCUGGAAUUACUAGUUGAUGAUGUAUCAAAUAAUCAAGUCUCUGAGAAUAAGGUUCUCCAGCUUGUUAAAUCUAAAGCUGGAUCAUUUGUUUUAUUGGACUGUUUGCAAUUGGUAUCUGAAAAGUAUGCCAAUCAAGCUGUUUUCGAUUCUCUCCUCGAUACUCUGAGCAAAAACAUUCUUUCCAUUAGAAAUAGCGUUCUCAAAAAAAGGAUUAUUGAACUUUGUGAAAAAAGAGAUAAUAAAUUGAAUUGA